UUGCUAACUCAAUGUGGCGAGUCGUUCCGGACAGCGCGAGGACUCGUUCGCCACGGCUCGGCUUUUCGCGGCAGUCCCGCCCGUCGACAGCCACCGACAACCCCCGCAUCCAUAUUUGCAUCCCAGGGAGUGGCAUCCGCUAAUCUCCCGUUCCCCCCCCCUGGCACGGACCCGGGAGCCAGGAGGCUCACGCCCUGUUCGGACGCGGUGUUUUCAGACGGGAAACUAGAAACAUGCAGAGGCACAUCAUCUCUUCCUUCAUCUAGUUCCAGAUCCACCAGCCUCCAGCGCCCAGCCAGAAGCUCUCAGGUCCCGGCCCAUUCCAGCCCAGUUGGAAGGAGCUCAGUGGGUGGAUCGUCCAGCCCCAUUGGCCCUAAAGACAGCAGCCAGCUCAAGCCCAUCACACCGGUUAAAAUCUCGGAGGAAGGCGAUGAUGUUUUGGGGGACUACACGGUUGGCGAGCAGGUGUGGGUCAACGGCGUCAAGCCGGGCGUCAUCGCCUUCCUCGGGGAGACCCAGUUCGCCCCCGGACAGUGGGCCGGCGUGAUUCUCAACGACCUAGUUGGCAAGAACGACGGCUCGGUGGGCGGCGUGCGCUACUUUGAGUGCCAGCCCCUCCAGGGCAUUUUCACGCGACCCUCCAAGCUCACCAGACAGUCGGCCGGGGAGGGCAGCGACAGCCACUCCACCGACUCGGCCCAGAACCUGACCCCCCAGGCGGGCGGCGGAGCGCCCCCCGGCCAGCGCGUGGUGGUGCCGCUCAGAGAGGGCCUGCUCAACAGCGCCGUCAAACCGGGGAACGAGUCCGGCUCCAACAUGUCGGACAGCGGCUCGGUGAAGAAGGCCGGGGAGAAGGACCUGCGAGAGGGAGACCGGGUUCUGGUCGGAGGCUCAAAGAUGGGGGUCAUACGUUUUAUGGGGGAAACAGACUUUGCCAAGGGGGAGUGGUGUGGCGUGGAGCUGGACGAGCCCCUGGGGAAGAACGACGGCGCAGUGGCCGGAACCAGAUAUUUCCAGUGUCUUCCCAAGUUCGGUCUGUUCGCUCCCAUCCACAAGGUGAUCCGCAUCGGCUUCCCCUCCACCAGCCCGGCCAAGGCCAAGAAGAGCAAGCGGGUGGCCAUGGGGGUGUCCUCUCUGGCCCACAGCCCCAGCAGCUCGUCCAUCAGCUCGGUCAGCUCGGUGGCCUCCUCUGUGGGUGGACGGCCGAGCCGAGCCGGGCUGCUCACGGAGACGUCGUCCCGCUACGCCCGGAAGAUCUCGGGCACCACGGCGCUGCAGGAGGCGCUGAAGGAGAAGCAGCAGCACAUCGAGCAGCUGCUGGCCGAGAGGGACCUGGAGCGCGCCGAGGUGGCCAAAGCCAACAGCCACAUCUGCCAGGUGGAGAAGGAGCUGGGCGUGCUCAAGGCGCAGCACAUGCAGCACGUCACGGAGAACGAGAGCACCCUGCAGCAGGUCAGAGCCGUGCUGGCCACCACGCAGAAAGAUAAGCUGGAACUGGCCAAUCAGCUCGAGGAAGAGAAGAGGAAAGUGGAGGAUCUCCAGUUCAGAGUAGAGGAGGAGUCCAUCACCAAAGGAGAUCUGGAGGGAAGACGCAGUCAUGUUGCAGCAUCCUUGAGGUUGGGCAGCAGAACCAAGCAAACCACCGUGGAGGAGCAGAGCCGCAUCGCGCAGCUGGAGAAGGAGCUGGCCCAGAGGAGAGCCCAGGUAGAGGAGCUGCAGGCACAGCUCCCACCAACGGACGCCAGCCGGAGGGAGGCGGACGCCCGGCCAGAGGCCCCGCCCCCGGCCGGCCCCGAGCACAGCCAGGACAGCACCCAGCCCCCGGAGACGUACCAGGCCACGUUAGCAGCAAACCAGCAGGUGAUAGACUCGCUGAGGGCGGUGGUGGAGAAACAAAACCUGGAGAUCAGCGAGGCCAAGCAGAAAGCCCAGCAGGCCGCCAAGGAGAACAUGGAGAUGAUGGACACCUGGAAGGAUAAGUUUGACACUUUAGUGACUGACCAUCAGCGAUCCCUAGAGGACCUGAAGGCCUCCCUGAGCAGAGAUCCAGCUGCUCCAGAAGGCAGAGACCCGGACGUCCAGGAGCUGAGAACCACGCUGGAGAGCCUGAAGAUGGAGCACCACCUGGAGGUGGAGAAUCUCAAGGCCAAACACAAGAUCGAAGCCGCCAUUCUCACAAAAGAGCGCGAGGACUUCUGCGCUCGCCUUCAGGAGGCCCGAGAGCAGCUGGCUGAGGGCGCCCAGAACCCUGAGGCUGAGCCCCCGGUCAGCAGGCAUGCUCUGGACAAGGCCUGGGAGAAGCUGCAGCAGGCGGAGCAGAGGCUGGCGGAGAAGGAGAAGCUCCAGGCGGAGCAGGACAAAAGCAUGGCCGAGCUGCGAGACCGGCUGGAGCUCUCAGAGAAGAAGAUGGCCGACUACCAGGCCCUGCAGAAGGCCCAGGCAGAGAGCCGGGAGGAGGUCCAGAGGCUGGAGGAGAAGCUGCGGGUGACCGUCAACCAGCUCCAGGUCAUCCAGGCUGACCGCUACUCAUCCCACGACGCCAAUGUGAUAGAAGAUAACGAUAUCGCAGAUGAGAAGAUGAAGCUGAGGAAGAAUAUUGAAGAAACAAUGGAAAAGUUGCUCAAACGGGAAAAGGAAGUCUCCACUCUCACUUCCCAGGUUGAGGCCCUCAAAUCCCAGGUCGGAGCUCUCGAAGGCAAAGUCCGCUCAAGCGAAAAGAAAGCCGAGGCCCUGGUCAAGGAGAAGAUGCGUGUGGAGGCAGAGCUGGAGUCCAUGACCAAGAAGUCCCACGAUGCCUCUGGGCAGCUCGUCAGCAUCAGCCAAGAGCUUCUAAUGAAAGAAGGGAGUCUGAAUGAGCUGAGGGUGCUGCUGCUGGAGUCCCAUCGCCACUCCCGCGACGUGGAGAAAGACCUGAGCCGCGAGGUGCACAAGGCCGAGUGGAAGGUCAAGGAGCAGAAGCUUCAAGACGACAUCAAAACCCUGCGGGAAAAGCUGCUGCUGCUGGGCCGGGAGCGCCCCUCUCCUGACCACCGGCGCUACUCCAUGCUGGAGCCCUCGGCUCUGGACUCGGAGGUGAACCGCCUGCGCCAGCGGCUGUCCAGCACCGAGGACGCCCUGAGGAACGCCCUGGAGCACAACCAGCAGGUGGACCAGCUGGUCCAGGCCAUGCGCCGGCAUCCCGAGAAAAGCCCGGUGCACGGUGCAAAUUCAGCCAACGGGAUCCAUCACCAGGAGCCCGACGGCCCUCCAGAUGAGCAGCGCUGAAGCGAGCGGGAGCGGCCAGACCUGGACCCUGACGGAGCUCCGACCCCCCCGGGACCCGCAGACACAGCCUGUUCACACGUCUCCUCCUCAUCCUGCGGUGGACAUCUCAACCAACGUUUCAGUUUACAGUCGAUACCAAAACAGUGAAUCUCUAUCUCAAGUGAAUUUCUUUGAUGUUCUGAAAGCACCUAUUAACCAAUCAUGAAGGCCGCUUAAAGUAAUAUAAAGUAUGGGCAUGAAGAGGUCUAACCAGUCCAACAGCUGCUGGACACACACCCAGGGGCCACUUUGGAUGCUUUCCAGUAGUUACAAAGUUUGAUUCUUUGAGUUGACGAGAAGUCUAAAUCUAAAUUUUGGUCUGGAAGCAAAGCUGUUGAUGGACAACUGGACGAAGAGCAACUGGGUCUUUCUUCAUUUUCUAUUUGUUUAAUUUAUUUCUUUUACUUUGCUCAUUUGCUUUGUAACAACCCCUUGAACUGCAGGCCUGUUAAAACUCCUGAACGCUGAUUUUUAAUAACCAUUUGUCCGUUUAAACUCUACUGAAAGCCUGCUUUGUAUUAAAACUCCCUCUACAGUGCACACAAGGAACUGAGACACAAACAUGAGGUAAACAGAGUUCAAAUGUGGCCGUGAAAUGGUUCUGAUGUCCCCUCAUGAUGGUCACGCAGUUUAUUUCCCAUUUAUCUUUUUAAUAGCUUUCCCUGGGCCGAGCGGUCCAAAUGCUGGCUGUGCACAUUCUGAGCACAGACAGAAACUCAGAGCAUCACGCGUAAGAUGAGUUUUAAAAGCCAGUGUCGGCAAGCUAAUCCCAACAAACAAGUGAACUCAUUCUGAGUAAAAAAUGCUCCCAGAGGAAGAGACUGAGGACCACAGUGUGCCUCUGAAGAGUUCCACAAAAUAAUGCAAAUCCUCCAUCACCACUGAGUCCAAUCAAAGAAAAACAUUUCAGAACGCCUAUUGGCUUCAGUCCAUGGAUUUACAGACAGCCCUAUAACGCUGAGAGUUAUCCCUGUGACAGUUAUAGAGCAGAAACCAACAGCCUACUCCCGGGCACCGCGGACAGGAGCCCCUCCAUCCUCCCCCCAGAACACAUCUGGAAUCUUGCUAAAUCCAGCUGAGUGAUGUUAGGGGACUGUGUGAAUAACUCCGGGCUUUGUGUUUCUGUACCUGUGGAUCUCUUUCUCUGUCGGCAUUGAUGAAUUAUUUUAUUUCUGGUGGACUCGGCCUAUUCUCCGUCUAUAUAGUGGUAAUAACUAACUAUACGUGUAAUAGCGUGGCAGUCCAUGUGAGCCUGUUCUCUGUGCUGAAUCGUCCCGGGAUUGCUUCCCAUGCCUUUCUGUGUCUUCUAAAGGGCUGCCGCAGAAGCUGAAACCCAAACAACGGACCAGGGGCGCUCCACUCGUCCUUGCCCUAAAUAACAUCACGUCGCUCCCAUUUGCAUUCUAACGUUAAGUCUUCCAAAUAUUGAUUUACCCAUCUGUGGGCUGAGCCAGAGGGUCUGCUCACAGGUCACUGGUCCGGUACAGGAGGUCAGCAGGGGUAGCAGGGUCCGAGUCUCCUGAACACAGCAUGAAAGACGGGCACCGGUCAGCUCAAAUGAAGCCUAAAUUUUCCAUUAGAUGUUAUUGUAUAUGGCCUUUCCAGCUGGGGGGUUCUUCCCCUUUGGAUUAUUGCUGCAAUGGUUUUGGAGAUUGAGUCAUUAAAUAUUAACAUUGUG